AUAAACCCUUUGAUGGCGGAUUCCGAUAACGAGUCAGGUGGGUAUAACAACGGCGGCGGCGGUGACUUUUCAACGAAGGAACAAGACAGGUUUCUUCCGAUCGCAAACGUAAGCAGGAUUAUGAAGAAAGCUUUACCGGCGAACGCUAAGAUUUCAAAAGAUGCAAAGGAAACUGUUCAGGAAUGUGUAUCGGAGUUCAUCAGUUUCAUCACCGGUGAGGCUUCUGAUAAGUGUCAAAGAGAGAAACGUAAGACAAUCAACGGAGACGAUCUUCUUUGGGCUAUGACUACUUUGGGAUUUGAAGACUACGUUGAGCCACUUAAAGUCUAUCUAGCGAAAUUUCGUGAGAUGGAAGGUGAAAAGAGUUCAAUGGGUGUUGUCCGGACUGGAGACAACGGUUCUGGUGGUGGAGGAGCGGCGGAUGCAGGCGGAGGAAGCGGCGGUGGUGGUGGUGGAGUGAAUUCAUCGAACUCUGGUGGUGUGUUUAAUGGUGGUGGGAUCUAUGGUGGGAUGCAAGGUGGUUCGAUGAUGAUGAUGGGUCAUCAUCAAGGAUCGAUGUAUGGUUCAGGUGGGUUUCAUCAGAUGAGUGGAGGGAUCGGAGUUGAAAAGAGUCGUGCCGCCGGCGGAACGCCGGUGGUUAGACCAAGGUAGGCAAGUGGGGACUUGAUGAAAUCCCCAUGCUGUUUCCAAGACUCAUCUUUUUUAUUAGUGGUGUUAAAAAAAAAAAAAAAAACUUUUGGGAUAUUUUCAGUUUAGAAAUAGAAUAAUUUGGAGUUACUUUUUUUUUUUCUUUUUUUUAAGUGGUGCGAUAAUAUGGAGAUAGGGCAGAAAAUGUUUAGAAUCCAUAAGUUUGGAGAGAGAAAGAGAGGAAAGAGAAAAAGCAAUCGCAUACAUAUGUAAAUAUGAUUUUUAAGGUUUGGGCUGAAUUUAUUUGUAACAAAACUGUUUAUUAUUAGUUCUUUUGUUUGAUGUGUCAUUAAUGUUCAAUUAUCAAUAACUUUUUCUUUUU